CUUUACUAAGCAAAGACUUUGGGAACACUCUAAGGCAUAAUCAUGGUCACUGCCGCAGAAUACGGACACAACUCCUGGGAUCUCUCCAUCCAGGUGGACCAACGGGAGGGAGAUGAGGGUAUGAGGUUUAAAUUAAGGGUGAAGGGGGAUCUCCACAUCGGAGGACUCAUGCUCAAACUCGUGGAGAAGAUUAAGGCUCCUCAGGACUGGUCCGAUCAUGCCAUCUGGUGGGAGCAGAAAAGCUGCUGGCUUCUGAAGACUCACUGGACACUGGAUAAAUAUGGAGUUCAGGCGAACGCUGACCUGCGCUACACUCCACAACACAAACCCCUCUGUCUGCAGCUGCCCAACAUGAAGACCAUCAAACUCUCUGUUAGCUUCUCGGCUGUGGUCUUUAAAGCUGUGGCUGAGAUCUGCAAAGCACUCAACAUUAGAAGGUCUGAAGAACUGUCUCUCCUGAAACCACCCGAUGAACCAAAGAAGAAAAAGAAAAAAGACAAGGGCACAGAAUCAGCCAUUGAUGAGAUAUUAAACAUGGACAUAGCCAGUGGCACAGCAGGAGGAGCCCUUGGUCUGUACAGUAAAACCAUGACCCCGACCUAUGACCCAGACAGCGGGUCGCCAGCAUCUGCCACCAGUCUGUGGUUUGGAGAGAAUCCCCUGACGGCCAGCCAGCCCAACCUGCCACCAGAGGAACUGGCCAAACUAUACAAACCUCUUACUCUCGAGGACAAAGCAGCCAUUAAUGCAGGGUGGCUGGACUCCUCUCGAUCGAUGAUGGAACAAGGUGUACAGGGAAAUGACAGACUUCUGCUGCGAUUUAAGUACCACUGCUUCUUUGACUUAAACCCGAAGUAUGAUGCAGUAAGAAUCACUCAGUUGUACGAACAGGCUCGCUGGGAAAUUUUGCUGGAGGAAAUAGACUGCACUGAAGAAGAAAUGCUCAUGUUUGCUUCCCUACAGUAUCACAUCUGUAAAUUGACUCUGACAACGGAGCCACUGACUGAUUCCAAUGAGCCAGAGAUUGAUGAAGUAGAGGCUGCACUCUCAAAUUUAGAAUCCACACUGGAAGGACGGAACGCUGAUAAGAUCCUGGAAGACAUCACUGACAUUCCAAAACUGGAAGAUACACUUAAAUUGUUUAGGCCCAAACGACUGACGUUAAAGCCGUAUAAGGAGUACUGGUUUGUUUUUAGGGAUACCACCAUUUCAUAUUACAAAAACAAAGAGUCUGCGAAUAAGGAACCAAUUGAGCAACUUCAUCUACGAGGAUGUGAGGUCAUCCCAGAUGUCAGUGUGACCGAGAGGAAGUUCGGCUUGAAGCUGUUACUGCCAGUGGCUGAUGGGAUGAACGAGGUUUAUAUUCGCUGUGAAAACGAAACGCAGUAUGCUAAAUGGAAAGCUGCCUGCAUUUUGGCAUCUAAAGGGAAGACAAUGGCCUAUAGCUCAUACCGCACAGAGGUAAAGAACAUCCAGUCUUUCCUGCAGAUGAAGAGUCUGGCACCCCCUCCUGGUCAGGCAACACCUGAUGUGGAGUCCAUGGAGAUGAACGCCGAGUGCUUUGUUUCUCCAAGAUACGCAAAGAAGUACAAGACCAAACAGCUGACCACACGAAUCUUGGACGCCCAUCACAAUAUUUCCCAGCUUUCUCUCAUGGAGGCCAAAAUGCGUUUCAUCCAAGCGUGGCAGUCCCUGCCAGAAUUUGGCAUCAAGUACUACAUUGUCAGAUUCAGAGGAAGCAAGAAAGAUGACAUCCUUGGAAUUUCCUACAACAGGCUGAUCCGCACUGACAUGUCAACUGGUCUGCCAGUCACCACCUGGAGGUUCUCCAACAUAAAACAAUGGAACGUCAACUGGGAGAUUAGACAGGUGGCCAUUGAGUUUGACCAGAGUGUGUCGAUAGCUUUCUCCUGCCAAAGAUGUGACUGCAAAGUGGUUCACGAGUAUAUCGGAGGCUACAUUUUUCUUUCAACACGCUCAAAAGACCAGAAUGAAACAUUAGAUGAAGAACUCUUCCACAAACUUACAGGAGGACAAGACUGAGCUCAAAUCAUAAAACAUCAGAACUGAGACUCUGAUCCAGUGGCAUAGCCAGAAACAAGACUGGGUGUGCCAAGAGAAAACAGGGUGUGCAAGAACUAAAGCACAAUUAAGGGAAAUAUAAUCAAAUGACCAUUAACAACCAUUGCAGUUGUUAUUGGCUAUAUAUUUUUUUAAGCUCUGUGUAGUUUAAAUAAAUGAAAAAAAUUCAAUGGAGGAAGUAGUCUUGUUAAUAUAUAAAAAAUAUGAGGCCUGAUAAUUCAUCAAAAAAAAAAAAAAAUACAAAAAGAAAAAAAAAAUUUGGAAUGAGUCAUCAUUAUUCUCCAAAAUAUGCUAAAGACACAAAUAUAAAUGAUGGUACAAUUUGCACAAUACAGAUAAAAUUAUAAAAAUACACUAGGUUUUAGUUAUAUUAAUUGAUUUAAAAACUUAAUUGUGGAUAAGAAAUAAAUCAGUAAUACGUUGUGUUGAACAGAAGAAUGCACAACUGUAAGAAGAUUCAAAACCUUUUUUGAACAUUCUUUGUAUUUAUGGAGUACAGGGAGGUUUGGUUCAUAAUAAAAAAAAAAAAGAAAAUUAAUACUGUUGUUAUAUUAAUUAUUAAGCCAAUAUAAAUAAAGGAUAAUACCAUGUCUGACAUGAUGCAAACAGUAAAGCAUAAAAAAACUGCCAUUUCAUUUAGGUAUGCAAGCAUGUGUUUUGGGUGGCAGUUGCACACCCGUGGCCACACCACUGAUCUGAUACUUAGUGAUGGAGUGAAGCAACAAAAACAUGUAUUAAUAUAGGCAAUUUUUUUGUAUGAUUGCCAAAAGUAGUUUCAUAGUAUAUAAAAAGGUACAAGACUCCAUUAAUUGUUUUUAAAUCUGCACAUUGUACAUAAUUUACAGCACAUUUAUUUGCAUGAAUUUGUGUAACUGAUGUGGAACAUGAGUUGCAUGUUUACCACUGUAGGUUUCUUUGAAGAUUUACCUAAAAAGGGUACAAAGUACUUUUUACAGUUUAUUUGUUAAAUGUGUCCAUAAAUGAAAGUUAAUGUCAAAUAAAAAUUUACAUUUGUUCAUGAGUUACAUUUUUUUGAAACUGAGUUUGGAAUUUCUUUUCAUUCCAUUUUAAAGUUCUGUUCGUUUUAAUGUAAGGCGGAAUAUUGCUUUCAUCCAGUAUGUCCAAUGGAAAAUCUGAAAAUAGUCUAAAUAAAUCACUUUCAUUUUU